AUGAGCCUGGCCACUACCGCGCCGCUGCAAGACGGCUCGUCGAACCAACCCGCCCCAGCGCUAGCUGAGCCGUUCGAGCCGAAGUCGCAGAAAGCUGAGAAGGUACGGACUGGAGAAACCAGACAGGCUGCUGUGGAGGGUGCUAACGAGCUUGGAAAGAAAAACAAGAUGCGAGGGCUGUUCGGACUUGGCAAGAAGAAGACAGACGAGCCCGCAAAGGCACCAUCAAGAUCAGAUCCCGCCGCGAAUGCUGCCAGUGGCAUGGGCAAACUGAACAGGAACCCUCCGACACGACAAUCCACAACAUCACCCAUCCAGACACCUUCCUCCCCAGGCCGCGGGCUGUCCUCGUCCCCGAGGCUUGCGUCACCGGCCGGCAGCCAGAUCUUUGAGCGGGAUGUACAAGAGGCCGCACUUGUCCCGAACUCACCUGCGAUCCCGAGCCACAUUAUGACCGAAAACCAUGUGCCGCCUGUCCUCGACGACGCCUCCAAGGCCAUCACUGAUGACCACCUUGAUCCAGACUCCGUUGAAAUUAUCACCCACGCAAGCCAUCAGCCCGCCGCAGUUGCCGUCACCGGCGUCUCCGACCACAUGUCCAAUAGCUGGCAGGAUGACCUAGCCUCUAGCCUGGCAGCCUCAGAUUUCAGACCGGUGCAUGACCACACGGACUCUGGGAGCAAUUACGGCAGCCUGGAUAAUGUUGACAUUCGUAGGCUGAGCUUCAUCAGCUUCGCGGACGUGGUGCAGGCGGAGCAUCAGGGCCAUGCUGGCCUGGGUGGAUCGAGGGAAUCGAUUCACCUCGCAGGUCUCACCAGCCUCUCCUCCGUGGGUGGCAUGAACCGAUCACCGUCACCAAUACGCUCUCCCGUCUCUUCGGCUGGUGGAGCCUCACCACCACGUAGCAAGACGGGGUCUCUGAAGGGCAUCGACACAUCACCCAGCCGAAAACCUCUGGCCAGUCCCGUGUCAACGAAUCUGUCCAUGUCGCCAUCCAUACCUGCCAUCGGCAUCCCUGGUGAGGUCAACGUCGAAACAAUGAGUCAGGCCCUAGGGAGAACGGGCUCUGACCUUAAUGGGAUGAGGAGCAUCCCAAUCAGUCCUGUAGAGGGGGCACCGUCGCGUUAG